AUGCGACAAAUCGCUGAAAAAUAUAGGCUUUCGAAAUCUCAUUAAAAACAUCAAUAUUUGUUGCUGUCGUAAACUUUCUGUUAAACUUUUAGUAGAAAAGGAAAAUUUCUACUUUUAUGCACCAGUGAAAUGUUAUAUAGUAAAUCACACAGUCACAGUGAGACUUUAAUUAGUAAAGCAUGAAUUCUGUACCUCUCGAGCCAUCAACCAUCUCUUCCAUUUGCGACAUUAUCGAGAGCAUCCUUGCGAAGUCAUUUGGACCCAAUCCUUCUCAAACCAUGCUGAGCUCAUCAACAGGAAAGAUGCUGCUUACAUCGGAUGGAGUGACUGUCUUGGAAUCACUCCACCUAUCUCACCCAGUCGCAAAACUCAUUUUAAAAAGUGUGCUGUCUUUUCAUAAAAUAAGUGGUGACGGAAGUAAAACAUUUAUUUUGAUGUUAAGUGCAUUCCUGCGGGAGGUGGCAUCUUCUAGUUCAAGUCAUGGUAGCUAUUCAUGCAAGGACUUGCAUCGCUCUUGUGCAAAGUUCCAAGCAACACUGCAUCAAGAAUUAUUCCCGUCUCUCCUAAAUUAUGCAACAAACAUUCCAAAUGAUUCAAAUGCCGAUUUGUUUUGGUCCAUGUGUCGAAAUAUUACUCGGACUUCAAUGCAAGGAAAGUGUCCAGACUCCGUAUCAGAUACUUUAACAAACUUAUUGACUGACUUUUUGAAACAAAGUGUCCCAUCUGUUCAGAGUCUAUUUUCGAACAUUUCUGAAAUUGUCCAUACUUUUUCAAUGGCCUGUCGCAAAAUUCAUGGAGCAUUCCCAGAUUCCUCCAAGGUCAUUGAUGGUAUAAUCAUCAGUAGAGACUUUGCUGUUGAUUCUGGAUCACUUACAUCUGGAGGUGGAGUUCGAUUCGUCUUCUUGAAAUGCCCGUUAGGUGACAUUUCUACCAUGAAUAGCGACACUGUUACUAUGGAUACGAGAGGCUCAGUCGGACUAGGAAAUAUUUUUGAGUGGCAGCACAGAGUGAUUCGGAACAUUCUAAGUUCAUAUCGAACCCUUGGUGUCAAUCUGAUCCUGUGUUCGGACAGUGUCUCUGAUGUCACAAAACACCUGUGCAGAGAAUUCAAUAUUUCUGUGAUCUCUUUCAUACCUGAGGAUGAAGUUGAGGCACUACAACAAAUCACACACAUACACCCUGUCAGCAACUGUGUUGAACUUCUGUCUUGUGAAGACAUUGGUGUUGCCAGCGGUUGUGAGACUGUGAUAAUAAACGGAAGAAAGUGUUUUCAAUUAAAAGGAUUGAAAACAUGUGGGAGGAUUAUCCAGAAACAGAUUUUAGUUUGUGCUCCAACAGAAAGUGUUGCAACAAUGUAUGAAUUAAUUCUCACUAACGCUCUCAAGACUGUCGAGGUGUGGCUCGACAUGGACAAUUUGGAUUCAGAAAAAACACUUUCAGCUGCAGCUUUCCCAGCAGGUGGUACCCCCGAGAUGCUGAUGCAUGAAAUCUUGGAAAACUUUGCCAAAACAAGUCAAGAUGGAGAUUUAGCAUGGUUUUGUACUAUUUUAGGAAAAGCUUAUUUAGCUGUUCCAUCUCAGUUGUACAAAAAUGCCAUUGGUACAGCGAGUGCGACAUGUUUCAUGUCUUCGUGGAGUGAUUUUUCCAGAGAUUUAGAGCAGGGAUUGGUCCCUACAAGUACUUUUCUUCAAAACAACAGCAACUAUUUACCUGUAGAAUCUGUGAUGAGUAAAGUGAUUUUGUUACGCAGUUUUUUGGAGUUGCUGCAGCAGCUCUUGCGACUCGAUUCUGUUGUGGGUAUCAAAAGAAGUGCUUGAUUUUGGGUAUAAAAACUGAAGCCGGGAAGGAUAGUUCACUCUCUCAUUUUGUGCAUUAGACAUAUGUGAAAUGUAAAAUGUAAAGCAAAAGUUAGUGUUUGUCUCUAAUCCAUUGCAGUUUAGAUUAUGGCUUGACCUUGAUUUUGGAUUCGAUAGAUACAAGGGCAAGGGCCUUUUGUAAACUUUGCAACUUUGGCAAUCUGGGGGUAGGGGGAUGACUCGCUGUGUGGCAGCAAGUCCCUGUAGUUUGGUCUGGAUGGUUGCGACGAUCUGAUUGCUGUGUCUUGGGCUUUAAUGGCCCAGCCCCCCCCUUUUGGGUCCUGGUUGUGACAGUCUCCCUGUCCUUGUUGUGACCGCUCCCCGUAGUCAGGUUGAUUGUGACAGUCUGAUCACUGUCUCUGUAUAGCAGCCCAGCCACCCCCUUGGGUAUGGGAACAUCCAUAAAGUACAUACACACGUAAACACUGAUUUUUAGACCCCCCUCCCCCUGUAUGCACCUUGUAUGCAAUGCCAGUCCCUUAGCUUUGCAUGGUCUGGUUGUGGUCUUACAGUGUAUAUCGGCCAGUCGCCUAAGCGCGUUUUGGCUGUGUCACAAUGUAGCAAACUGUAUCACAAUGUAGCUGGUUGUGGCAGUCUCCUGGUGUAGCCGCCAGCCCCCUUUGGUCUGGCUGACUGUAUCAAUCUCGCACUGCUGUAUUGCAGCGAACAAUUUUGUCUGGGGACGUUGU